UGAGAGAGGGAGAGACAGGCAGAGAGAGAGGGACAGAGAGACGGAGAGAGAGUGACAGAGAGAGAGAGACAGAGAAAGUGAAAGAGAGGGAGGGAGAGAGAGAGAGAGAGAGAGACAGUGAGAGACAGAGAGAGAGAGACAGAGGGAGAGACAGACAGACAGAGAGAGAGAGAGAAGACAGAGAAAGACAGAAAGAGAGAGAGAGAAAGAGAGAGAGCGUGAUAUUGAAAGUGAAAGUGAGAUGUUGUCAGGGAGAUUCCAGUUCGGGGUAAGAGGAAGUGAAAGCAGCACCAACUGUCCCAGUCUCUGGCGUGACGCAGGGCUCCCCCCAGCAGGACAGUCUCCCCCCAGCAGGUCAGUCUCCCCCAGCAGGACAGUCUCCCCCCAGCAGGUCAGUCUCCCCCAGCAGGACAGUCUCCCCCCAGCAGAGUCGGUGUGCCGGGCUGAGCAGCUGCAGUGUGGACACUAUGCCGAUGUGGGGAAGCUCAGGAUGUUAGUAAAAUGGCUGCUGGACAAGGGUCACAGUUCCUUCGUGUGUACCCUAUGCCCAGGAGGGGGAAUACCUUGGCAGAGGCUGCGCCUGGUACUGGACCUGCCUGAGGAUGAGCUGAGGGAGUGUGAGAGGGUACUGCAGAGGAAUACCCAGCGAGCAUCCCUCCUCAGCAAGUGCCCAGCGUGCUCCCGUCUGGUGCAGCGUCUGUCGAUGACCGAGUUAAUGGUGACCUGUCCGUUAUGUCCGUGUUCCGGAGGGAAGGAUUGGCGUUUCUGUUGGGAUUGCCUCCGGGAAUGGGCUGGGAGUCCGGGAGAUCGAUGUGGAAACGCAGACUGCAGCUCCCUGCUCCUGCUGAGAUCCUGCUCUGUCAUCCAGCGUCCGCGGAGCGCCGUGCACCAGUGUCCGAGUGUCCGGCCAUGUCCUGGUUGUCAGAGGCUCCUCAGCCACACUGGGGGCUGUAACAACAUGGUCUGCCCCAACUGCGGCUGUCUGUUCUGUUAUCGCUGCCUCAGGGUCAGUCCCUGGCACAGCCCCUCGUGCAGGAUCCAACCCAACCCCUCUGUCCUGUAACAGCCCCCUCACCAACAUGAGGCAGCUCAACAUCCCUCAGCAGCCACUCUCUCUCUCACACCCUGCUCUCCCGUCCCCCACUCCCUCAGCACUGACCCUCCGACAGUGACCACUCCCUCAGCACUGACCCUCCGACAGUGACCACUCCCUCAGCACUGACCCUCCGAAAGUGCCCAUUCCCUCAGCACUGACCCUCCGACAGUGACCACUCCCUCAGCACUGACCCUCCGACAGUGACCACUCCCUCAGCACUGACCCUCCGACAGUGACCACUCCCUCAGCACUGACCCUCCGAAAGUGCCCAUUCCCUCAGCACUGACCCUCCGACAGUGACCACUCCCUCAGCACUGACCCUCCGACAGUGACCACUCCCUCAGCACUGACCCUCCGAAAGUGCCCAUUCCCUCAGCACUGACCAUCCAACAGUGCGGCGCUCCCUCAGCACUGACCCUUCAAUAGUGCCCACUCCCUCAGCACUGACCCCCCUACAGUGCGGCACUCCCUCAGCACUGACCCUCCGACAGUGCCCACUCUCUCAGCACUGACCCUCCGACAGUGCCCACUCUCUCAGCACUGACCCUCCGACAGUGCCCACUCCUCAGCACUGACCCUCCGACAGUGCCCAUUCUGUGAGUGUGUGAAAAUGAACUGAAUUAUGAUCGCUAAUGCACAAAUGCUUCCUGUUCUCCCUGACCCUAAUUCAUUUAGAUGUAAAAUCCCCAAGCCCUUUGGAGUCAUAGAGAUGUACAGCACGGAAACAGACCCUUCGGCCCAACCCGUCCAUGCCGACUAGAUCUCCCAACCCAAUCUAGUCCCACCUGCCAGCACCCGGCCCAUAUCCCUCCAACCCCUUCCUAUUCAUAUACCCAUCCAAAUGCCUCUUAAAUGUUGCAAUUGUACCAGCCUCCACCACAUCCUCUGGCAGCUCAUUCCAUACACGCACCACCCUCUGCGUGAACAAGUUGUCCCUUAGGUCCCUUUUAUAUCUUUCCCCUCUCACCCUAAACCUUUGCCCUCUAGUUCUGGACUCCCCGACCCCAGGGAAAAGACUUUGUCUAUUUACCCUAUCCAUGCCCCUCGUAAUUUUGUAAACCUCUAUAAGGUCACCCCUCAGCCUCCGACGCUCCAGGGAAAACAGCCCCAGCCUGUUCAGCCUCUCCUUGUAGCUCAGAUCCUCCAACCCUGGCAACAUCCUUGUAAAUCUUUUCUGAACCCUUUCAAGUUUCACAACAUCUUUCAUGUAUCAGGGAGACCAGACCUUCUUAUAGAAAUAAAUAUUUGCUGUUCCCUC